AUGCCACGUGGACUGGGCUACCGAAGGUACGGAAGGCCCUCGGACAUUCUGGAAUUUAUCCACUACGAAAGCAUUCCUCAUCCCCUCAAAGCAGACGAUGUGGUGAUCCAAAUUCAUGCGGGAGCCGUCAACCCGGCCGACUAUAAACACAUGAGCGGUGCCUUGAGACCACUGGUAUCUCGUCCGCUUCCCAUUUUCCCCUGUUGGGAUUUUUGUGGCCAAGUGAUCGAACUGGGAAGGACCGCACAAGCCCACCAGAAGUUUCACGUGGGUGACAUGGUCUACGGGAUGUCCGCUGGAUUGCGGCAUGGCACUUUGAAUGAGUAUCACGUCGUGGACGAACGAUGCCUCGCCUUGAAACCGAGUACCAUGUCGUGUGAAGAAGCUGCGGGUGUUCCACUGGCGGCCUUGACGGCGCUCCAAGCCUGGGAAGAAGGGGGGCUCCGCCAAAUCAGUCGUCCCGUGAAAGACCGGCGAGUCUUUCUUACGGGUGGUCCCGGUGGUGUAGGAACGUUUGCUAUUCAAAUUGCCAAACACAUGUUUGGAUGCGCAGAAAUUUGGACUACCGCAAGUACCGAAGCCAAAAUAGCUUUGUGCCAAGAAUUGGGGGCCACCCGUGUCAUUCAUUACAAACAAGAGGAUUGGACCAAAGUGCUACCCAAAAAUUAUUUUGAUGUCAUGUUGGAUCUGACAGGAGAGGCGUACAAAAUGUUUCCCUUUGCCAAAUCCUCCGAUACAGCUACCAAUACGCGUGGCGCCGUCAUUUCUAUUUCUUCGGGCCCCACCGGCAAUAUUCUGGGGCGCUGGUUGGAUAAUUUGCCGGACAUGACGUACGCUGGUGCCCCGAAAGUAUACCCUGUGGCGGCCACAUUUAUCAAGAUGUUACCUUGUCUCGUGGAUGUUUUUACAGGAGGCCUCUUCUAUAAAGGAUGUGGUUACCGCAGGGGUGUAUUCUUCAAUCAUGUCAUCACCAUGGCGUUAGGGAGUGAUCUCGAGAGACUAACGGUGCUGAUUGAAGCCGGCAAGAUAAAAUGCGUCAUCGAUCAAGUGUACGAUUUUGAUCAUGCCAAGGACGCAAUUUUACAUGUGGAGAGUGGACGUGCAGUGGGAAAAGUCGUCGUGAAAAUAGUCUGA